CAUCCAUCCAUCCAUCGCGGCCACAGGCCCUGGGAUCAGCUGACCCCGAAUCCUAGCCCUCUUUCAGGCGCCCCCCACUCCCCGUCCCUGCUAGUGGGCUGGUUACCAUGGUGAAGUUAGCAGCCAAAUGCAUCCUGGCAGGAGACUCGGCUGUAGGCAAGACAGCCCUGGUGCAGAUGUUCCGCAGCGAUGGGACCCAUUUCCAGAAGAACUAUACUCUGACAACAGGUGUGGAUUUGGUGGUGAAGACAGUGCCAGUUCUUGACACAAAUGACAGCGUGGAACUCUUCAUUUUUGACUCAGCCGGCAAGGAGCUGUUCUCUGAAAUGCUGGAUAAAUUGUGGGAGAAUCCCAAUGUCCUGUGUCUCGUCUAUGAUGUGACCAAUGAGCAGUCCUUCAUCAGCUGCACCAGGUGGCUGGAGAAGGUCCGGGCCCAGACUCCGGGUACCUUCCUCCCAGGUGUUUUAGUGGGGACUAAGACAGACCUGGCUGGCCGACGAACAGUGGAUUCUGCGCAGGCCCAGGCGUGGGCACUGGGCCAAGGCCUGGAAUUCUUUGAAACAUCUGUGGUGCAAAAUCUAAAUUCUGCAUUCCAGCCAGAAUGCUGACACUCCACCCAGAAUGCUCAGUGUGUGUCCUGAGAGUCCUCUGUGUGGCCCCAGGAAGCAGGACAGACAGCCCACCCUAGGCAAAGCUGCGUGCAUCUCAGGAAGACUUUGAAGUGGAAGGUGUUCCAUCUCCCUGACCCUUGAACUCUGUGAGCACUGCAGAAGGACACAGCACUUACUGUUGGCUUCAGUGGCACCUCCCGGAUAGCUCUGCGAGACAGGAAUUGUCCUGUCCCCAACUCAAUGUUGAAGUGAAAAAUGACUAUCCCAGGCCCACAUGACUGGGGUGCACCCAGCCCCAAGACCACCACCACCACCACCACCCCAUCCCCCCCACCCCUGGCCUCUCAUCGCAUAGGAGCAUCUAGUGUCAUCUUUGAUGUAAGAGCCUUCCUGCCGUGAGAAACCCUGAGUGAUGGGUCACUGGCGUCAUCGGGGCUGUCUAGCACAGUGACAGAUCUUCUGACAUUUGGAACGUUGAAAGGUUCCGGGCACGUGGUUCUGACCACACCACAUGCCUGUUCUGAGCCUCCCACCACAGGCAUGCAGACGGCCCAGACACCAGUGUCUCAUAAGAAGCCGUGGCCCUCCCUCGCUCAGGAGCAUUGCCCAAGAGUCCUGCCAGGCCUGCAGUGGGGUCUGACCUUGAGGUCUCUAGACCCAGUUCUUUGGCUUUCCAAAAGAGUCAGCGGGGGUAGAGCAUACCCUGGGUGUCACCUCCUCCAGCUGCAGGCUCUGUGCUGUGUGGAUGUAGACAUCUCUAGUGUCCCACACUGGCACACUUCCCCAGAGAAGGCGUAGCCUUCAGGGCAAAAGUUCUGCCUUCCCAUGGCAUGGAGCGCAUCUGGCUCUGGGACCCCUGGGAAUGGGAUGUACACCAUGGGGCCUCAGCCUCCUCACCCGCAAGGACAGGGAUAGGAAACUGCCCUUUGCUGAUUAUCACACACAGGCAUGUAAAACACGUAACACAGCGUCUAGUCUAGUUGAGUAAACACUCAACAUGCUAGCGUUUUAUAACAGGACUGCUCCCCAAUACGGUGUUUCUAUUGUUACUACUUACUAGACCCCAGAACCAAUGUCUGGUACAGAGAUGGAUGUCACCCCUGCCUCGAGUCCAAUUACCACGAUACUCGAUUAAUGAAGUUCAAAGGCAAGAGCUCGCCCUGCCCAGGGCUCCCCGGCCGUGCCGUGCUGUGCCGUGCCGUGCCGUGCCGUGCCGUGCCGUACACUUUGGAGCGAGCAGUGAGCUGUAGACCCAUAGCUCCCCAUUCCCUCCUCCUCCCCCUUCGUCAGCCACACCAUCCCCUCCCCCCAACACCCCAUAUUUCCCAGAAAUUAAAACCUGCCCCGACACAUCAGUCACCCCAGGCCACUGGUCAGCUCCGUUCGGGUGUCAGCGAGGAUGCGCAUAAAUCCUGCUUGAAGAGGCUGCAGUUGAGCACUCGGUAUUAACCGUGCCAGUUAACUAGUCCCCCCUGAGUUGCCGCUAACAGGAGCGCCACUGGCAGCCCGGUUAAGAAAGCUGUAAUUAAAAAGGGAACAUAACCCAAUGUGGUUUGAGACGCUGCCAAGCCCGUCCUCCUCCUCCGCUCCUUCCCAAGUGCGGCCGCCUCGGGGAGAGACCCCCAUGGUUCUUCAGCUCUUAAGCACCCCUUCAUGUCUGACAUUUCCGGGCCCCCCAAAAAAGUCAAAAAAAAAAAAAAAGGAUGUCUUUGAACAAAGUUUAAAGAAUUUUCUAAACCAA